AUGUCCCUAAUAAGUGGUGGCUACAAGUUCGGGCCGGGCUGCGCGACUCCUAAUCACACACUCAUCAAGGAGUUUCUUCGCUGGUACAUCCACAUAGCCAAGGGAAAGAUCAGUAAAAGCGGCCGGGUAGUUACGUUCAUGGUUCUCAAUUUUACAGAAAGACUGUUUGGUGGGUUUAAAGAGAACAUGCAGGUCACCAUCGCUCCAAAGGACCGUAGCAAAAUAUUCCACUGGAUCAAGCGAACCUUAACAGAGGAAGAGAAAGCGAUUGAAAAUGUCAAAGAUCUGGACUAUAGUUUCAUGAAGAGGGACUUCCUCCGAGUAAUAGCGUCGAUGUGGCAGGCAGAUCAGCGUCAAUUCAUGCCUAGCUUACUAAAGGCCAUCAUCAUCUUAGCUCUCUAA